AUGGCUUCAAAAUCACUUUUAUUCGCAAGGACAUUGUUGAGAAACUUUCAAAAAGUUGAUGUGCCGUUGUCUGUCAGGUUCUUGAGCACUUCCAAUGUUUUGCGAUCUGAUGAUAAAAAAGUACCUAAGAAGGUUUGGGAAUUAGGAAAGUUGAACCACGUAGCCAUAGCAGUGCCUGACAUUGACAAGGCUUCAAACAUGUACAAAAAUAUUUUAGGGGCCAAAGUCAGUGAGAAACAUGAACAACCUGAACACGGUGUCUACACAGUUUUCGUUCAGCUUGGGGACACCAAGAUUGAGUUGUUGUACCCACUCGGAGAGAAGAGUCCUAUCCAGGGAUUCCUGGAUAAGAAUCCUUCAGGAGGAUUGCACCACAUCUGCCUCGAGGUAAGCAACAUUGAGGAGGCCAUGAAGGAUGUAAGGAGCUACAAAAUUAGGACGCUGGGUGACAAAGCAAAAAUUGGAGCCCAUGGAAAGCCCGUCAUUUUCCUACAUCCAAAAGACUGCAACGGCACACUCAUUGAAUUAGAGCAAUUUUAA